CGCGCCUCCGCCUCUAGCCCAAACCGGCCGGACCAGCUCCCCGGGUCCACUGCGAGCCCCCUCCCCACCAGCCGAUCGCCUUCCCCGGGCAGCGGGUCUCCCGGACUCCCACCACUCAGGAGGGCAGAGAUGGCCCUGCACCCUCAGGUGUGGCCCCCGGCCACACCCAUGCCCAUGGUCGAGAGCUCCCUCUAUCGGCAGCGGCUGGAGGUCAUCGCGGAGAAGCGGCGGCUGCAGGAGGAGAUCCGCGCCGCACGCCGGGAGCUGGAGGAGGAGAAACUCCGCCUGGAGCGGCUCAAGAGGAAAUCUCUCCGGGAGCGUUGGCUCAUGGAUGGGUCAGCUGAAGGGUCAGAGCCUCUGGAGGACCCCGCGUCCAAGGACCCCCAGUCACCAGAGGGACAGGCCCAGGCUCGAAUGCGCAACUUGGAAGACAGCUUGUUCACACUCCAGGCCCAGCUGCAGCUGUUGCAAAGUGCAUCUACCGGCGCUCAGCACAGGCCAGUGGGCAGACCCACCUGGCGCAGACAGGGUCCCCGUCCUCUCUCCCAGCCCGCCUUGGAGGCAGGUCCUGAAGGCCACACUGAUGUGGACAAGAGAGCGUCCAUGCCGGCUGGCCCAGUGGGCGUGUCCCCCCAGCCCCCCAACGAGUUCAAGGAGGAGCCUGCUGGAGGAGCCUCCUCAGAAGCCAAUGGUCCCUGCCCUGGACGCAGCCCCCCCACAGGGCAGGCGCUGGGUCCGGGGGUGGCGGCCAGAGAGGAGGGGGCCACCGUGAGAACCAAAAGGGAGGACGUGGUGGAGGUGGUGUGGGAAGGGCUGAGACCCACAGAGGACUGUGCCAGGGCCCCCACGGGUCCCGAGCUGGAGGCUAGGGUGGAGCAAGUGGUACUGGAGACCCUAGGGGCCAGGCAGAGGGCUGGCAGCGUAGAGCUCCCGGCCUGGGUGAAGGAGGGCAGGGGGGUGGUAGAGGUGGUCUGGGAGGGGCUGGGGGGUAGUGACUCUGCGCAGGCCACAAAGACUAGCUUACAGGGGCCACCGGAGGCAGAAGCUUCCAGAAAAGAGGAAGGUGUUCCCGGGGACAGCCUGGCAGGUGAUGGGCAGGGGGAGCCUGAGGGAGAGGAGGAAUCCUUCAUUUGGGUGGAGAGAGUGAACAUCGGCAAGGACUGGGAGGAGCUGUCGAUGGAGGGGCUGGAAGGGCCCGUGGUGUCAGGGGAGGAGGAGGGUAGAGCUGGCGCUGAGCUGGGACAGCGGACAGGAGGGGAGGGGAGUGGGGCAGGGGAGCUAGGAGGUGAGGAGGGAAAGGCGGGCAAGGGAGUCUUGUCAGAGAGACAAACAGACCAGGAAGAGUGCGAGGUGGAGGUGAAGGGAGACGAGAGACAGUUGAAAGUAGGGAAUGGAGGGGAGGAAAACCCAGAGGUGAUGUUGGUGGCACAGAUGAAGCUUGAGGAUGGGGAGAGAAAGGGAGGUGAGAAACUACCGGACGGGGAGGCAGAAGGAGGUGAGAAGCUGUUGGAUGGAGAGAGAAAGGGAGGUGAGAAAAUACCGGAUGGGGAGGCAGAAGGAGGUGAGAAAGUAACGGAUGGGGAGACAGAAGGAGGUGAGAAAGUACUGGAUGGGGAGGCAGAAGGAGGUGAGAAAGUACCGGAUGGGGAGGCAGAAGGAGGUGAGAAAGUACUGGAUGGGGAGGCAGAAGGAGGUGAGAAACUACUGGAUGGGGAGACAGAAGGAGGUGAGAAACUACCGGAAGGGGAGGCAGAAGGAGGUGAGAAACUACCAGAAGGGGAGGCAGAAGGAGGUGAGAAACUACUGGAUGGAGAGGCAGAAGAAGGUGAGAAACUACUGGCUGGGGAGGCAGAAGGAGGUGAGAAACUACUGGAAGGGGAGGCAGAAGGAGGUGAGAAACUACUGGAUGGAGAGGCAGAAGAAGGUGAGAAACUACUGGCUGGGGAGGCAGAAGGAGGUGAGAAACUACUGGAAGGGGAGGCAGAAGGAGGUGAGAGGCCAUCAGAGGUGAAAAAGAUCCAAGGGGCCCAAGGAGAGCUCAGUUCAGAGGAGCAGAGAGCAUUGGGGGAAGGAGGGGAGCCCCAGGCCAAAGCUGUGAACAAAACAGGGACCCCCCAGGAUGUGAAACCAGAAGAUGAAGGACUUGAAGGCACAGAUAAGCAAGAAGGACUGGUGGAGGAGGGAGAAGGGAAGCCUCGGCCCUUAGCUGAAGGCCAGGGCCUCCAGGGCGACGCCACGCCCCUCCUGGCAGAGGCCCCGGCCCCAGAGCAGCCGGCAGAGAACCAGCCACUGCUUCGACGGGAAGGGGCCAGCGCCAACCCCAGUGCCCACCCCGCACCCACGUACGCACCUGCCCGGCAGCCUGAGCCAGCAUCCCGCUCCGAGGGCAAAGAGGCCAGUGGCCCCAAGCAGAAGACGUGCCAGUGCUGUGUGGUGAUGUGAGCCUCGCGUCACCCCAUGCCCAGCUCCUCUUUCAGCUACCUCGCCUCCUGGCAUCCAGCAGAGGGUCCCGGGCGCAGACAGGGCACCACAGGACUGGCAGCAGCACCUGGAAGCCAGCUGGCCCGCGUGACCUUCACCUACGCCUGGGCUUCCGGAUCCCAUGCCCACUGCCUGUCAGUCACCCUGGCUCCCUUCUGCAACAAAGCCUUUAUACUUGAAAAUAAAACAUAUGAAGCACUCAA